GGUCGGCGUCGAUUUACGCAGUCGUUGGUGCCGGGGACUUCGCGUUUCCCUUCUACGUGGGCGGCAGUUUUUAUUUUUCCAUGUCCGGUGUGCCUCCAUUGCAAAAAGCAUAAUAAUAGAGGAGGAACCACCUGGUUUACGGAGAGCUUGUCUGCCUUCUCUGACAGCCGAAACGGGGAGACGGUGGGCAGCGCAGCCGGACAGCCGUGUUUUUUUUUUCCUUCUUUGAUUGCUGCAAACACGAGAUCACUGUCUGCGGUGGUAUCAUUCGUUGAUCGUUUGCCUGUUUCUGUUGUUGAUCGGCGCGCCCAGUUGAAAUCGAAACGACAGCGCCGAAUCUCAACCAGGAGUACGUCGCAACCGUAGAUUUGGCGCUCAUAGAAGAAGUGUAUAGAAAUGGUAGAUAGUUAGAGAGAGUGAGACAUCUCCCUCCCCCCCCCCCUCAUCUGUGUCACGAAGACGAACAUGGCAUCUGCUGGCGCUGCAUCAUCGUCGUCAUCGCUGCCCCUCUCAGGCGUGCGCGUCCUCCUGCACAUCCGCAAUGCACCCGCAGGAGACACAAAGGGCACAAGCAGCCCCUCUGCAAAGGUGCUCGUAAAGACUCUCCGAGCGCAGGCGCAGCAACUAGGUGCCAGUCUCGCCUUAAGCGACGCCGCUGCCGAUCUUGUUGUCUUCCAUCACGGGAGCCCCGCCUUUCUCAACGCACUGCAUGCGAAGUACAAGGCAGUGGUCAGUCCCGCCUACCUCGCCGCCUGCCUCGGGGCGUCGCAGCGGGUAAACAUUGCACCAUAUGUCGUGGCUGCACAGGAGGAACAACCCGCAGCCGCCACACUCAUCAUGCGGUCGCCCAGAGGGCGGAGUGGGCCGACGCGGACGUCCGCCUCGACCCCUUCGCGGAAGUCCGCAGCUGCGCUCUCGAACACGGCGGACCCGCUAAGCCCCGCCUCGGGGGCGUCUCCCUCGUCACGCGUCAUCCGUCGAGCAUCGAGGGAAGGGAAAGACGCUGCACGCACCAGCGAGGGGGUGUCUGCCGGCUCCAUCGUGCCCCCGCCACCACGUCGACUGCUGCUUCUCCUCGAUGAGGAGGUGGAUGAAAGGAAGGAGAAUGAAGACGUGGCGGCUGUGAAGGACAACUGCCCCCACUCAACGGCAGGGACGUUGCCAAUGCAUGUGCUCCGCGCAGAAGCGCUUUACACCACAUCUGAGUCCCCCGCCAGCUCCCCUGAAAAGCACCUCCACAGCAAUAAAGGCGGGGCAGAGCAUCUGGAACGGCAAGAGACGACUCCUGUACAGCCCCGACACGGCAGCCUGAACAACACACCCUCUCCCGCUACCCCAACGCUGACACCGUCCAACCGACGCGGCACCCUCUCGCCUUCAUCGUCUCUCGUCGCUACGCAGGAGAUGGCGCUACCUGUUGCUAGUUCAAGCCACCAGCACCAGCAGAAAGAAUGGGAGGAGGAGGAGUCCAUACGGCAUGCCGUGUUGUGCUCCACCGCAGCGGCGGCGGUUACCCGACGGCGCGGUCAGCCCCCUCGUCCUGCUGCUAAGACCUCCGUUACACUGUCUGAACAUGCUAAAACAAGUGGGCAAGAUCAGACCCAGGACGGUGGCCGAAGUCCUCUUCUAAUGGACGAGUUUCGCAUCACUCCAUCCAUCAAGAAAGUCAAGUCGCAUGCGGCUGACCCGUUCCUCUACUCCGCCACCAGCACCCAACAGCCACAGCAACAGCCACAGCAGCAACAGCCGUCCGCAUCGUCUCUCAACAUCUCCUACAGCGACCUCAGCAGUAUGGCCGUCACGCAGCCACUCGCCACACUGGAUCCGUCGAAUGAGGAGUCUUCCCUGUCACGCCCUUCUUCAAAGCAGUUAAAGCGUGCUCGUGGAUCGGCGAAAGAAAGCGGAGCUCAUCCGCAAGUCCAAAACAGGGUUUUGGAAAGGCUUCCACGAACUAAGAAAUGCAAGUCGGAAGCGCCGGAGCUGCCAUCGUCAACGUCGACACCAUUGUCACCGUCAUCAGCACGACGUCGCCGCCGCGGCUCGCACCUCACAAAGGCAAAGGCAGGCAAAGAAACUCUUACGUGGGAGCAGCAAUCCCUCUGCCGCGGUCCCGCGGAGCCGCCCCUCUCCAUGGCCUUCAGCGACGCCGUCCUCCUUCAGCGCCUCUCCGACAGCGACGCAGCGGACGUGUGCGUGCGUUUUUUCAUCGACGCGGACGACGACGACGACGACAACGGCACUUUCGAGCCGCCGCUGUCGGCCGCCGCGGCGGAGUUUGCUCUCCUCCGAGACGUCGUGGAGCAGCUCGGCGCCACGACGGUGGGCGACAGCGAUUCGCUGUGGUUUGGUGGCUCUGCUCGGCCCCACCAUGGCAGUCACGGCGGCGCAUGGAACGGGCCCCGGAGAAAAGCAACCCACCUCGUCGUCGGCCCGCACACCGCUCUCACGCCGGAUAUUCUGUACUUCAAAGCGCUGGGGAUUCCAAUUGUGACGCCGCAGUGGGUGUACGACGCCGUUGCCAUUGGCGCCUUUCCAGUUGUGGUGCCGCGCCUACAUGCCCAUCCGUUUUUCGGUGACCUCGUCACGGCCGUCCACGCACGUAGCGCGAAGGCAGCGGACGAGACGGCGGAGCUGCAAUUGGUAGUUGGCGCUGACCUGCUCGGUGACGACGACGGCAUUACCGUGCGUCGGCUGUCGAAACAGUCGCCGCGCUCAACGACGAGUGACGCUGCGUUUUGCGCUGCUGCGGCGGUCGAGUCGUCGUCGGUGGUCUCUCCUGCGAGUCUGUCCUCCACACUUCGUCAGCUGCACAAGGAGGUGGCGGACGAGUACGUGCCGGCCGGGGAGCUGGCCAAGCGGCCGUACUACCGCCCCAUCUUCCAAGACCGCAUGUUCUACCUCUACGUCCCACCCAUCGAUCUCGCAUCGUUCGCCGCCGCACCACCGGCGCAGCGCCGUCAGCAGCGGAGAGGAGCGAGUUGCAGCUACUUAGGAGACGUCACGGCAGCGCUGGAGCAGGCGACGCAGCUGAUACGACUGCUCGGUGGGACCGUCACGCGCAACAUCGCCAGCACUUUUCUGGACGUGGUCAUCGACCUCACCGGGUUCUACGAGAGCACGGUUGAGGCGGGACGGCAACAGCAAAAGCAGCUGCAGCAUCGCACGCUUCGGGAGUCUCUUACCUGUGCCUACCACGACGCACUGCAGCGGCUUUCCGAGAUGCCGGCAGCGGAUGCGGACACAGUGAUGUGUGCGACGAAGACCAUCACGGAUGCACCGCCCAUUGUGGGCAUCUCGUGGCUGCUGUAUUCGAUACUUCAACGCGAGCUAACCGAUGCGGCACCCUUUGUCCUUCCAUCACACCCCCUCUCUGCGCAGCUAGCGGCUGUGCACGAGUCUACGGUGAAGCAAGCUCAUGCACAAGUGGAAGAGGAAGUGAAGGAGAAGGCAACAGCAAGUCCAGACGUGAGCGAGUCAGAGGAUCACGUGGCGGAUGCUGCGGUUGUGCACACCCCUGCGAGAAGGUUCAUCCCGACCCCCACGUUCUCUGCGAGUUCCUCCUCCUCCCCCUCCUCGCUAGGGCCGCUGCCGCCCCCUCUGGCCUCGGGGCUCGCGGCGGACGAUUCCCACCUCGCCCACGGCACGCAGGAGCCAACGUCCGCGUCUCCUUGGCCUGCGGUGGAUGUGGCGAAGCCGCACCUGAAGCGCACGCAGGGACCGCCCGAGGCGCAGAAGCACUCGCCGCAACAGCCGGACACGCAAGAGAUCGCUGCGCUGCUGAAAGGGGCGCGGCAAGAGUCCUCUUCUCCGCCAUGUCCUUCAGCGUCGUGGGUUGGAAACUCGCCUCCCAGUCCGCACUCACCCAAGAAAGACUUUCCGUCUGUGGCAUCGGCGGGGGAAAGGGACGAAGACCUAAGCCGCUGGGUCCACGUGGAGUACAGGCGACGAUGA